AGAGGAGAUUCAGUCGUGAUGGCUGAGCGCUACGACUGUAUGCAGUGUGCACAGUCUCUGUACGGGCAGAAGUACAUCCUGAAGGACGACGACCCGUUCUGCGUGAAGUGCUACGAGCAGCUUUUCUCCAGCAGCUGUGAAGUCUGCCAGAAGCUCAUUCACUGCACCAGCAAGGAUCUGUCGUACAAGGACCGCCACUGGCACAGCGAAUGCUUCCUCUGCGUCAAGUGCGAGCGAUCUCUGGUGGAUCGGCCUUUCGCCACCAAGGAGGACAUGCCGAUGUGCAUCGAGUGCUACAGCGGCGAGUACUCUUCCAAGUGCCACGCGUGCCUGAAGACCAUCAUGCCAGGCACCAAAAAGAUGGAGCAUAGGGGCAACAGCUGGCAUGAGAAUUGCUUCGCCUGUAACCGUUGCCAGCAGCCCAUUGGCACCAGGAGCUUCAUCCAGAAGGACGCCAACAACUACUGCCUGCCCUGCUACGAGAAGCAGUUUGCCAUGCAGUGUGUCCACUGCAAGAAGCCCAUCACCACUGGAGGAGUGAACUACCGUGACCAGCCGUGGCACAAGGAGUGCUUUGUCUGCACCGGCUGCAAGCAGCAGCUGGCCGGCCAGCGCUUCACCUCUCGGGACGACUUCGCCUAUUGCCUCGAGUGCUUCUGCAACUUGUUCGCCAAGAAGUGUGCUGCCUGCACCGCCCCGAUCAGUGGUCUCGGCGGCAGCAAGUACAUCUCGUUUGAGCAGCGUCAGUGGCACAACGACUGCUUCAACUGCAAACGCUGCUGCGUGUCUCUGGUGGGUCGAGGCUUCCUGACGAGCAAAGAGGAAAUCCUCUGCCCCGAGUGCGUCAAAGACUUCUGA